AAUCUGGAAAACUGGCGGUAGUUGGAAACAACUUUUUAUGCGGACAAAAACGUCCACGAAAUAUCCGAGUUGGAUGAAGCAAAUAAUCACUCUUUACGACUGACAUACAGGUCACUGUUUGUAGUCUAAUUUUGAACUACCUGACUGUUCAUGGUCGUCGUGUAGUAUAGCACGCCCUCAUGCCGAUCCCCUGAGCACAUCCAGCACAGAGUCAUCAGAGUCCCACCAUGGAGGAUGGGCUUAAGCUAGCCACCGGCGGGGAUGACAUCAAGCUGUGGGAUGUAGCAGCUAGCUCCGCCCCUUUACAUCAGUUCUGUCCGCAUUCCAGCGCAAUCUCUUCCAUCAGCUGGAGUCAUAACAAUCAGAUAUUAGCGAGUGCAGGGAGUUCGGGGGACAAAGUGGUGCUGACGUUCAUCAAGAAUGCAGCAUCUAACAUCAUCGAAAUAGCAGAAGAGGAGAAGCAAACCUGUGUAGCCUUCAACUCCACCUCCCGCUACCUCCUGACAGGUGGCAAGAAUCGCAUCGUCAGCAUCUGGGAUCUCAAGUCCAGGAAACUCAAGAAAACCUACACAGGCCACCAAGACGCAGUGACCUACACAACGUUUAAUUGGAACGACACCUACAUUGCGUCUGGGUCAGCCAGUGGGGAGAUCCUACUGCACAAUGUGGUCUCUGGUCAGGCCAGCAGCCCGCUACUGGCCCCCAAAGCACAGAGCAUUCGUGGUCUGGAGUACUCCCUCUUCAAGAAAUCCCUCCUGGCCUCUGUGUCGGAUGACGGCGGCCUCACCAUGUGGGACACCAACUCCCGCAAGGCAAUCUCCACGUUCAGGGAUGCCCACCGGGCGCCGGCAACGGCCCUGGUCUUCUCCCCGGUCAACGACAUGCUCCUGAUGAGCACCGGUUUGGACAAGAGGAUUGUAUGCUACGACGUCAUUGGAAAGAGCGUAAUCAAGAGCAUGACGGUGGAGUCACCCUUGACCUCUAUUUCCUGUAUGCACGACGGUGCCACGCUAGCCGUUGGAUCCACGCGAGGCAAGGUCUACAUCUUCGACCUGCGGACGGGGUCCAGCCCUCUCAAGGUGCUGCACGGCCACAAGUCAUCGGUGCAGUGUGUGCAAUUCCAGAACAGCCCAACAACAAGGAGCAAUGGAGUGAGCAGCAAGGGCAGCAAGCCAGUGCAGCCAGUAGCAGGCAGUCGGAAGCUUCCACAGGUGACCCCGGGGGUGGCCAUGGUCAAUCCCACCGUCCAGAGGGGCAGCAUGACGUCCACAGACAUGGAUGCGGGCAAAUCACUGGAAGAAACAAGAGGGAACACGAACCGACCAACGCCCCGGGAGGACAUUGAAAAUCAGGACAUCAUAUCGCCGAUAAGAGAAGGCACAGUGUCUUCGGUCAAGUACCCAGAAAGCAUGGACCGCCUCAGCCGGCCUGACACCAUGGGCAAGGCGGAGGGUACCCCAGCCCAAUCCAGAGACAGCUUACCAGAUUUUUUCUCCCCGCUGUCGGAGAACGCGUCCAACAUCUCUCUAAGGCGGAAUCCGAUUGGCUCGGUCGAAUUAGCGCCACAGCCAUCCCUCAUUGCCCCUCAGCCAAUCACAAAGGGCCUUCCUAAUGACCAGAAUGGUGCUAAUGCCACAUCUUUCAAUCCGGUCUCGCAGCCAUUGCGAACAAGCUCCUUAACCAGUCAGCCGAAAACCACAAGCAAGCCGGAAUUCAGUCUGGACCUGCAGACCCGGCAGGGAACUAGCCCGGUGAGGGAGCGAAGCAAGUCGCUUACGAGUCCACGGACGCCAUUACUGGGGGGCGACUUCCCUGCAGGGGGUGCACUGGAAUUUAACUUGAGCCCCGAGAACGAGUCGGCGAGGUCAGGGAGUGCAGGGUUGUCGGCGACCGCUGGAUUAGGGUCAGGCAGGGUACCGGUGAACACAGGGAUCCACUCCAUGGUGGAAGUGGAUGCCAAGCCAAUUGGUACUGGUGUGACACCACGCAGGGGAGGCUCCCCUGCCCGGGGUCUGUUGGGGGGUUCGUCAGACGCUGCACCCAGAGUCAUGAACGGUAACAUGGGGGCAUUGUCGAGGGUGGGUCCCCCCGUCACCAUCGUCGACCCUAGGGAGGAGGGGUCCAGGCUUGCAUCAGGGGGUGCCGAUCUGCAACCCUUUCAGGUCCAGUUCAUCAAGAACAUGAUCGAUGACUCCUUAGAGGAAUUCAAGGAGUCAUUUCACAGGGAGAUUUUGCAUUUACAACGGGAGAUGGUCCGGCAGUUUCAGAUCCAGCAGAAUGAGAUGCACGAACUGCUCCAGAAGUACUCCGUCAACGAGGGCCUCCUGACGGAGCUGGAGAGAUUGCGGGAAGAAAACAAGAACCUAAAAGCCAAGUACUGACCCUGGAUUGGAACAAAAAUGGAUCCAGUCAACGUAGAUAAACCUUUGGUCUUUCCAACUAAUCCCAGCGUUGUGUUGUGAAGUGUCAAUGCAGGAAGUUGUGCUCAGUGCCAUAUGCAAUUCUGGGUCAAGACGUAUACGGCAUACAAGACUAUGCCACAUGCUGACAUUUAGCCUAGGGGUCAAUUUCACGGCACUGCUAAGCACACAAAUUUGCUGAGCACAAAAAAAGUCUGGCUUAUAAAAGCAGGUUACCAGCUAAAACUCCAUGUGAUUUUCAUGCUAAGCAAACAAAAGCUGAAUACCAAUCACGAGCAAUAGACUAUAUCAUCUCUGUGCAUGCACUAAAGAGGAUGCAGCGAAAGUUGAAAUUAGGAACAGCAAUAGGCUGGUUCCUGGUCAUCAUUUUUCAAGUUUCGAAAAGAGGAAGUCCAGGGAGCUAGACUUGAAGUGAGAGCACUUUUAUCUCAACUCUUUUAAAUGUCCUGUUAUCAAACGAUGACAUUUUAAGAGUUGUCGUCAACUGGGAAAGCGUCCUUCAUGGACAGGGGAUGCCCAUGCACAGAGAUGUGUGUACAAACUCCAGCAUUAGAUGAACACACAGCUAAUCAAGCAGUGCAACCUGGCUCUGUCAGAUGAGAUUUGACUUCCACUUGUGUCAUUGCUGUGGAAAGGACUCUGAUCAAACUGAUUUUGUGUUGAAGAAGCAUCUUUAGAUUUGCUAAAAAAACAGGCCUUGCAAGUGGAUUCUGCAAUUUGAAGUCUUGACUGCUAUAAGUCUUUAUUUAUAGGGUGCUGUAACCAUAGAGCUAUAUUAAAUUACUAGAGCGCUAACUCACUGUACACAAUGAAGCCUGCUGGGUGCAUCCAUGUUUGUGCACAAACCUA